AUGGAGCGUCCGGGUCUUCCGGUGUGCAUCAUCACGGGCUUUCUGGGCUCCGGCAAGACUACGCUGCUGAACCACAUCCUGCGCAAUCAGCAAGGUGCUCGAGUGGCGGUCUUCGUGAACGAGUUCGGGGCCACCGACAUCGACGGGGACCUGAUCCGAUGGCAGGGGAGCAUCGAUGAAGCCAGGGUGGUGACGCUGGACAACGGCUGCAUGUGCUGCGAGGUGAACGAUGACCUCGAGCGCCAGCUUCGUCGAGUGCUGCAGGCGCAAGCGGCAGGCAGCACAGCAUUGGACCUCUUGGUGAUCGAGACCAGCGGGUUGUGCGACCCAGCGCCAGUGCUGACCACUUUGCAGCAACUGGAAGAUGUGGCCGUUUCGGUGCAUCUCGACUCCGUUGUCACGGUGGUGGACGCCAGUGACUACACUGACAUGCCGGAGACUGCCAAGGCUUUGGGCCUUCAGGAGACAGCAUCACGCCAGUUGAGGCAGUGCGACUUGCUGCUGCUGAACAAGUGCGACCUAGUGGGAGGUCUCAACUCUGAGCGCGCGGUGCACUUGGAGGAGCGCUUGGCCGCCGCCCUGGAGGACCGCCCGGUGCGUCUCCUGCGCUGCGAGCAUGGCAACGUGGAUCUUGCUCUCAUCAGCUCCGUCGAAGCUCGGCAGGAGCGAGCGCCCAAGAGGCCGCGGCUGGCAGAGGCAUCGUCACACUCGGCGCAUGGUCUCCGCACCAGCGCUGUCUCGUUUGUUUACACCGCUGAUCGGCCAUUCAAUCCUUUGCUCUUCGAGGAGUGGGUGGAGGCGGGCGGUCCGCCCAAGAGCAUCUGCAGGGCCAAGGGCUUGCUGUGGAUGCAAGGAAUUCCGCGCCACGUGAUCUUCCAGCUUUCUGGCUGCAGGACGAAUCCAUUCGAGACUGUACCCGGCGGAUCGCCGCCCAGCAGCUCGCGACUGGUCUUCAUCGGGGCGCGGUGCUUGAUUGGGGCAGGUGGAGGUUGGGCCUGCCGGCCCGGCAGUCGGCGCAUGCGCGCCUCGCGCGCUGGGCUCUUCCUGCUCUAUGAGGCGCACCCGCUUUGGUCCCGCAGCCUCGCGCGGAGCUGCUGCGACAUCUUCCCGAGCCGCUUCCGCACCAACGAGCAAGGUCAUGAGGUGGGCGUCUUUGAUUGGCCUGCGUUGAAGCUUCCGGCGGCUCCGGUCAGCGUGUACGUACCCUCCAUGGACAUGGUGCAAUUCUUGCCACGCUUUUUUGCAUCACCACCUACUGCGCGGAUCACACUGGUCAGUGGGCAGGAGGAUGUGGGCGUGCCCUGCGAGCUCUUCCGCGCCACACACUUCGCGCGGCCGGAGUUUUUCUCUGUGCAUCCUGCGGCGCCGACUCCUCAGGCACGAAGGUGGUCGCUCUCCUUGGCCAACCUCUCGCAGCUCUUGAGCGACCUGCGGCUGGUGCACUGGUUCGUGCAGAACUAUGAUGCAACGGACUGCCUGCAGGGUGAGCAGUUGAUGAAGCUCAGCCCUCUGCCCUUGGGCAUCGACCUCCACACCACCACUGAGAAGGAGCACUCCGAGACGCUCGAGGGCUUGCAGCAACAGUUACAGGCUGCGCAAGAGGCUUCUUUGCCCUUCUCCCAGCGCAUGCCGCACUUGCUCUUCCCGGUGGAUUGCCAUGCUGACUACUGGUGGCUGCCUCCCCGUGGCGGACUUUGGUGGAAUCGCAGUGAUUGGAACGAGCCCUGCGGGCAUCGGCGCUGCGCCUGCGAGGUCUUGGGGGACGACUGGCAGCCAGUGCCCUGGGUGGGGUACCUCCGUCUCCUGGGCGUCGUCGCCUUCGUGGCGGCGCCCUGGGGCCACGGCCUGGAUACGCACCGACUCUGGGAGGCAUUGAUGAUGGGCAGUGUACCUGUGGUGCUGUCGUCGCCUUUGGACGUCCUCUACCGGCAGUUUCCGAUCAUCAUCCUGACCUCCUGGAAGGAGGCGCGGCCCAAUAGCACGCGGCGCUGGAUCCGGCAGCUGCGGAAGUUCGGGCCGGAGCCCUUUGCCAGGGUCCGCGAGCGCCUCACCACGGGCUACUGGGUGGAGCUGAUCAAAAGACGACGGGCCAUCGACUAG